UGCAUCAGUCGGCGUCGUGAAGGCCGCCGUCUCCGUCGGCGUCGCGCCUAUCUAGCAUCCGUCGUCUCGAGAAAGGGGUGUGUUCCGUUCCGCCGUCCGAAGGGGAUAUAUCGCGAUCGGUGCGGUGGUUCUGGUGACGUGCUGAUCGAGGGGGAUCGCCAGUUAGUUCUUGGUGCUAGGAUAUCCCGCGAAGACGUUCCAGAUGACGCUCUCCUGCUAUGACAUGUUCUGCGUCAAUUUCGCCAAAGCAUUAUGCACUGAGGUGUACGACAUGCAGAUCAGCGAGGCGGCGGGCGGGGCGCCGGCCCCUGGGGCAGAGCCCUGCCGGUUCCCCAAACUGGAGGAGUGCGCCCACUUCCACUACGAGAGGGUCCAGCUGCCCCAGCUCACCGUCACCCUCCAGACCAACAUGGACCAGUCGCUGCUGUCGCAACACACCAAUGAGGAAGAUGACACCGAAUGGUUCAUGGUGCAGGUGACCUCGGCUGACGCCUGCUGGUUAGUCCAGAGGAAUUUUGAAAAUUUUAAGAUGUUGGACGAACAGCUGCACCAGUGCAUAUUUGACAGGAAGAUCUCCCAGUUGCCGGACCUGGCUAGUCAGUCGCCGAAUGAUGAGGAUUUAGAGAUCAAGCUGAUCCUUUACUUGGAGCGCUUCAGCAAAAUCGCUGACAACUCGGUCAACUGCGGCCCGGUGUUGAACUGGCUGCAGAUGGACAAUAAGGGCCACAGGCUGCUGGUGCCCAGCGAAGAGAGCCGCUCCAUAAACACGCCUGCCGUUGCUGCGGCGUACAGCGUGCGUCGCUACGUCUCGCAGGCCCGGGAUGAGUUGAACCUGGAAGUUGGGGACAUGAUUUCCGUCAUCGACAUGGCUAGCCCUGGGGAAUCGAUGUGGUGGAGAGGCAAGCGUGGAUUUCAAGUUGGGUUUUUCCCCCAGCACUGCGUUCACAUUAUUGGCGACAAGGUCCCGAGGAACAUGCCGCUACCCCCUCCAGUUGUAGGGUCUUUAGCAUUAACACCGAUAAAGCCUGUGUUGAGGAAACACGGCAAACUGAUCACGUUCUUUAGAAGUUUUAUUUUGAACAGGCCGUCGCGAAGAAGGCUCAAGCAGUCCGGCAUUCUGAAGGAGCGCGUUUUCGGCUGUGAUCUGGGCGAGCACCUCUUGAAUUCGGGCCACGAUAUACCGAUGGUGUUGAAGUGCUGUGCGGAAUUCAUUGAGGCGAAUGGCAUCGUCGAUGGGAUAUACAGGUUGUCUGGGGUAACGUCUAACAUUCAAAAGCUUAGGAAUGCCUUUGACGAGGAUCGCAUUCCGAAUUUGUAUACCGAGGACAUUCUGCAAGAUAUCCAUUCGGUUGCUUCGCUCUUGAAGAUGUAUUUUAGGGAGUUACCUAAUCCGUUAUGUACUUACCAGUUGUACCAGAGCUUCGUGAACGCUGUGCAGGGAUGUAACACUGCAAUAAAAAAUUCCGAAACUGAUCGGGAGAGGCUCUUGAAGAUGAGAGAAGCCGUUCAAAAGUUACCACCCCCACAUUACAGAACUCUCGAAUACCUUAUGCGGCACUUAGCGAAAGUGGCGAAACAUGGUGCUAGCACUGGCAUGACGACCAGAAAUGUGGCCAUAGUUUGGGCCCCCAACCUCCUUAGGUGCGAGGCGUUAGAGGUGGGGGGAGUCGCUGCUCUACAGGGUGUGGGAGUACAAGCCGUUGUAACCGAAUUUCUGAUCUGCUACGCCGAUCUAAUAUUCUGUGAUCAUUUACCGAAUUUGGACCACCCGACUCUAGCUGCGGAAAAUAACCUCCUGACGAAGAAAUGCAGGCCCAAUAGCCUGGCUAUUUCCACGCCUACCAAACUGAUUACCUUAGAAGAGGCAAGGAGUAAGCAUUUGCCGAACAAAACGGAGGAGUGCAACUACAUUGAGGUUGGCGGGGGACCGAAGAAUCUGCCCAAGAAAUACCACACGAUCAUCGAAUUACCACCAGGUGCAAGGAAACGAGGGCAUACAAAGAGGUCCCCGUUGGGAUGGAGAAUGUUUUUUUCUAAAUCGAGAAACAAUUCUCAAGGUAAUCUGACAAAAAACAGGAAAGCUUCCACACCCAUAACGAUUAAUGAAAAAUCUGUGACGGAGUCCGAUUUAACGGACAUGAAACGGAAACUGCGCACCGUAAAAUCGGCGGAAAGUUUGACAUCUGGCCACUCCGAGCCCGCCAGCACUGAAGAUGUACUUGGGCCUUUGCGCUGCUUGAACAAACCGCCGGGUCAUAAUAGGUCUGUUUCCCACGAUUCUUAUUUCGACACCCUUCAAAAUUCGCAGAACAAUUCCGAGGGAUCCCUGUUAGAUUUGAGCGAAAUCCAACUGAAUUUUGAACUGGAGGAGUCGGAAAUGAGGAUUUUCUCGGAGGAUGAAAGUUUGGUCAGCUCACCUAGAAUUCACAAAGAGACUCAGCGGAGAGUCCUUACACGUGCACGCCCCGAGGAGUUCAACAGCGCCGCAAACUCCGUCAACCCCUCUCCAAAAAAACAACCUCGAGUGGAACUAUCACCGGAAUCCUUAUCACGAAAGAGAACAAGGCUGGAAGACCAGCUCUCCGAUAUUCAAUACAUAGAUUGCAGCACUCCCGAUAACAUCGUGUCGACCACAGCCGUCAUACACACUCUUCCUGAUAGCCCGGUUGUGCAAGAAAAACAACUAUUCAGCGAGUCCUACCAGCCUAAGAAUAAAUCGCCUCGUAAUUCAGACGUUUUAGACAAGAGACAAUCGUUAAAUUUAGAGACAACGAGCAAAACGAUCAUACCUAAAUCGUUUACAGAGUUGGACAUCAACCGUAAAUAUUUGGGGCCUGCUAGUAUCUUGACAACGCCCACACCCGGUUCCCCGGGCUACAAGCAACUAGGCGAAAGUAGCGCCAACACGACACCCGGGAUUUCCCCCACAUACGAUAGUUCGCCCACGGAAAGCACUUUCCAACAGAGCAGUUUCAAGAAAUCAAAUACUCCGAACUACGAAAAUGUCUUGACCACGAUCAGCAUAACGUACAAGUCGCCUCCUAGGAGCACAGCUACGUCCCCCGUCAAAAGUCCCGUUACAAACGUAAAUUCGGUAUACGAGAAUGUCAUACUGAACCCAGAAAAAGUGCUUAUACCCACGUCUACCGCAUCACUACCCGUACAAGAAGCUAGUCAACCUUCGUUAUCAGAUAACAGCGAAUUUUUAUCCACCAAUAGCGACGAGAGGCCUAAAAGUCUUAGCGCCAUCGAGGAUCUCAACUCGAGCAAAGAGUCUACCAUCAAGCCGAACCUGAGUUCUAGCGCAAUUUGCAAUACCAGCGAACAGUUAUCCCUGAAUAGUUUUAACGAUCAGAAGACGCUGAGUUCCAACCAGUCCUCAGACUCCAACAUACAGUACACUCCGAGCAUCAGCUCCGCUCCCUACCACUACAUCGAGAACUCGGAACGUUUAAGUCCGACGGACUUGAGCUUGAGCGAAGUCGUGGAAAGCUCCACGGAAAACUUAACGACUAGUCACACGUCGCUCAGCUUCCCCGUAAGUCCCUCGAAGAAUAGUUUGAGCCCCAACGUUAGCCCUACGGCAGUGUACGAUUAUUCGUCUCAAGACCUGCUGACUCCCAUCAGCCCUUCCGAAAAUAGGAACACCAGCGAAGGUUUGUCCACGGAAAAUUUAGAUAAUCUACCGAUAGAAUCGGGCGUUUGGUCUAGGGACAGGCCUACUAGUGUUAACUUAAUAGAUUUUAGCCCUGUAGAAGCUGCAGUGGAAAACGACAUCCACUCUAGCCCCAACAGGGCCAGUUCGAGCAACGACAAGAGAAAGUCAGAUGAGACGGAGUCGUUAGAUGACAACGCCAUCUACCAGCAAGUGAAAUAUUUUAGGAGGUCCAUACACGAAGUAAACGCCCUUUUGGAUCUAGAGAACGGCUUACCUUCUUCGAAUAACGACGACGAAUCUAGCGAGAACGUUUACGAGGAUGUCACAAGUAAAAGUAACAGCAUCGAAGCAAAAGAAGAACUUUCGGAGAUUGCGGAGGCGAAAGGUGAUCGUGACGAGUCCAAGGAACGAUUGCAAGCUCAAAACGAGGCGGUAGGGGAAAAUUACGAUUCCCUUGAAAACGAAAACCCCCACGUCUACGAGAACAUCGAGGGUGACAGCUUGCACGAGGAAAACGUGUACGAGGACGUAGAACUAAACAAUGAAAAGACUGAAUCGCUUGCGGACGAAAUAAAAAGAGCGCAAUCGUUAGAACAGAACGUAAACGUACGAGACCUGGCCAGCGUGUUUGAGGAAAAAGAAGCGGCCGUGGCAGCCGUCGCUGAUACUACUAACAAAAAAGUUACUGUGCCUAGUGAGAAUGCAGUAUUAGAAUUAGACGUAGAAAAAGUAAACUCGAAUUUAACUGAAGAAAGUACAAACGCGAACGGUAGUUCUAGAUGUAGGAAGUUUUAUGAAAAAGACAGCCUGCCGCCGUGCUUGAGGGCGAGAAAUUUGAAGCACCAGUUGAAAACGCGUUCUCUGGACGAGGAGGAGUUUAACAAGGAAUUCGGUAUAAACGUGACGGAGCGCAGGAAGAGUUUGGACGAGAGUUUGGGUUACAAAACUAAUUCGUUGCCGAAAACGUUGAACCAACCGAAAAGUUUGCCGAGGAACGACAGCCAAGUCGACUCUAUCCACUUGGCGCACAGCUCGGAAAAUGUGGGUAACAUCACAAAGGAGGAGGAAGAGCAGAAGAAGAGGGAACGGAUCGAACGGUACAAGGAGGAGAGGAGGAAAAUUCUACAAGAUAAGUACAGAUCUGAAUCGUUCAAGGAGGACAAGGAGGUGCUCUUAACUCGACUGAGAAUUUACAAGCACAAGGACGAUAACAUCGACCCGCCUAAGCCAACGGCCAACACGGACAAACCGCCGCAUGGCCGCAGGAGAAGCACCCACAGCAACGAGGAUAGUGCCGAGAUGGCGGCCGAUAGCCUGGAGGAAGACUCUUCCUCUACUAAACAGUCAAAAAACGCUCUGGAAGCGAAAGAGAACCAGAACCACGUGGACAACUUCAAGAAGGAAACGAAACCGAUGAAGGAGAGCCUGAAGUCGCGCGCCGCCAUUUUUGAACAAAAUAACCAAAGAAUCUCUGCUCCGGCCGAUCUCAGAUCCAGCAAGAACAGAUCCUCGUUUAGGGAACCAACCAAACAGACUGAUACGAUUUAUGCCAAAAAUUUAUUAGAGACUCGCGAGAAAGUGUAUGGACGGACGGACAAAAAGGAGAAUUUCGACGAUUUGAAGGACCUAGACUUUAUAAGGCCUAAGAGGAAGGACGACGAUUUUUCGAAAGAGGAGAGGCGGAGGCACACCUUUGACAGCAGGGAGAGGGAAACCGAAUCGGACAGGCUGAGGAGGAUUAGUUUGGAGAAUCGUAGCCCCAAGAAAGAAAAAACAUCACCCACCUACUGUAUAAAGGAUAUGAAAGCUCUCUUUGAAUCAAAGUCAAAACAAUAGCUUAAAAGUUGAUAUAAAUAAACUGAAAAUUUUAGCCUGUUAUUCUAGAAAAAUUGACCAAAUUGAAUUCACUUCUUCAAAUCACCUCAACGCUACAAGAAUAUGUUAUAUGGAAAACCGGCGUCUGGUUUAAAAAAGUGAAUUUAUUGUAUAUAUUACGUUUAAGGUUAUAACUUUGUUUGCAUUUUGUUACACUCGCCCCGACUUUAGACGUUCCGACGAAUUGUGUUUAGUCGGACGCACAAAUCAAGGGCACAUUUUAAUUAUUCUGUUAUAUUUAUUUUUGUAUUAUUUUUGUUACAUACAUAAGGUAUUUAUAAGGAAUCCCCGAUAUUUUAGAUCACUGAGAGGAUGUGAUAAAUAUUUUUGAUUAUCGCAUUAGAGGUACGUUUGCUUUACGCUAAAGAUUUUUUUGAGCAAUAAACUGAUAUUAAUAUAUAUAUAUAUUUUUGUUUAAAUGAAAAUACUUAGAAAUGGAAGUUUUCUCAAGUUUAAUGUAUAUUUAUAAAUAUUUAACGAAAUGUGUAAAAGUUUUAAAUUUUAACGAGCAUCUUUGACUUACGGUUUAUUUUCAGAUUUCGGAUUUUUGUACUAAAGCCUUACACAUACCGAGUUUUAUUUUGAUAAAAUAAAAAUGGUCCGGAAAGGAUUGUUUCUACUGCGAAUGUGUAGCUUUAUGGAGGAAAAUUAUACUGAAUUCAAUACACAUACUAAUAUAUUUCUAGACAAUAAUGUAUACUUUCAUCGCAUUAUGCAUUUUUGUAUUUUUCAGUUUUUUCAUUAUUUAUUUAUUAUUUGAACAGUUAUUGUAAAUAGAUGUAAAAGUAUGCUUUAAAUUUUCAGAAAAUAUUAUGGUUAUGUUAAAUAAAUUAUAUAAU